AACUAGGACUGUCUGCAACUCUCUUUACAUACUCCAUAUACAAAGUCGUACUUACCUAUUUCACUUCCUAUUGCAAUGGAAACAAACGUGUAUUCACUCUGCGAGCCUCGCAAUUUCUCUCCCAACUUCGGGGUUCCAUCCAUAAACUUAAAGUCCAUUGUUAAACUCGCUCAGUCUUCAAAGCUCAGCUCGUUUGGGACGCAACGGAGCUCUCUGAGGCUAGGGCUUCGGCCAAGUCCGCGCGUGUUCGCGUCCUCUUCGCCUGUUGAAGGAGAAAGAGAGAAAGAGAAAGAGGGUUCGGGCUUUGUCAGUCCCGUCUACGUGCCCACGCCUCCGAAUCGAGAGCUUCGAACGCCUCACAGCGGGUACCAUUUUGAUGGAAGUACCAGGAAGUUUUUUGAGGGUUGGUACUUCAAGGUGUCAAUCCCAGAACGGAAGCAGAGCUUCUGCUUUAUGUAUUCUGUGGAGAAUCCUGCAUUCAUUAAGAAAUUAACGGCAUUGGAAGUGGCACAGCAUGGACCAAGAUAUACAGGAGUUGGGGCUCAAAUUCUUGGCGCUGAUGACAAGUAUAUUUGCCAAUACUCCGAAGAGUCUCAGUACUUUUGGGGAAGUAGGCAUGAGCUAAUACUGGGGAAUACCUUUAUUGCCGAAAAAGAAUUGAAGCCUCCAAACAAGGAGGUCCCUCCUCAGGAAUUCAGUAAAAGAGUGCUGGAAGGUUUCCAAGUCAGCCCACUUUGGCAUCAAGGUUUCAUUCGUGAUGAUGGCAGGUCAAAUUAUGUGGAUACUGUGAAGACUGCACGUUGGGAGUACAUUACGCACCCUACUUAUGGCUGGGGCAAUGUUGGGUCCAAACAGAAGUCCACCGCAGGCUGGCUUGCAGCUUUUCCUGUAUUUGAACCCCAUUGGCAAAUAUGCAUGGCCGGUGGACUGUCAACAGGUUGGAUAGAGUGGGAUGGUGAAAGGUUUGAGUUUCAAAAUGCCCCUUCAUAUUCUGAAAAGAAUUGGGGUGGAGCAUUCCCAAGAAAAUGGUUUUGGGUGCAAUGUAAUGUAUUUGAAGGUGCUAGUGGAGAAGUUGCUCUCACUGCAGGUGGUGGGUUGAGGCAACUACCUGGACUGACGGAGAAUUUUGAAAGUGCUGCAUUGAUUGGAGUUCACUGUGAUGGAAUUUUCUAUGAAUUUGUGCCAUGGAAUGGUGGUGUUAGUUGGGAAAUUGCUCCUUGGGGUUACUGGUACAUGGAUGGGGAGAAUCAGACACAUAAGGUUGAAUUAGAGGCAACAACAAAGGAUCCUGGUACAACAUUGCGUGCUCCAACAACAGAAGCUGGUCUUGCUCCAGCUUGUAAAGAUUCUUGUUUUGGUGUGCUAAGAUUGCGAAUUUGGGAACGAAGAUAUGAUGGCAGUAAAGGGAAGAUCAUAUUGGAUGUUACAAGUAACAUGGCAGCAGUAGAAGUAGGAGGUGGACCAUGGUUCAACACUUGGAAGGGUGAGACCUCUACGCCGGAGCUCAUUAGUAGAGCUCUUCAAGUUCCCAUUGAUAUGGAGGGGAUUUUCGGUUUUGCCCCAUUAUUUAAACCCCCCGGUCUAUAGCAACUUGGUUACUUAUUACAAGACCACCAAGUAUGGGCUCCAACAGUGGCAUUUGGAUAACAGUCAUUUUACCAAAGGAAUUUAGAUGCGAUUCCCCUCUAAUUGCUUUUUGUUGGAAAUGUAGGUUAUUUUUAAACUCAUUUGCUAUUUGGUGGGAAUUCACGUUCUCCUGGUUUGGGAAUUUUUUUAUUUAUAUAUAUAAUAAGGACCAAAAUGUUCAUAUUUAUUAUUAUUAAGGGGCGGUAAACACCCAUUUUUUUUUUUGAAGGACCAAAACGUUCAUACCUUCGUGGUAAACACCUCGUGGGUGCUAUGUAUUCUUUUUAUUUUUUAUAUUUUUUUUUAAAGUGUUUGCUAAACA